AUGCUUGCAAAGAACUUCGAAAGAUUGAUGAAAAAUCCAAGAUUCAAGAAGAAGUUCUCUGAAAGACUGAAGGAUAACCAAAAGGGAGCCAUACCAGAAGAAGAGAUGAAGGAUCGAAGAGGUCCUCAGUGUUUUGAGUGCUCCAGCUUUGGGCACGUGAGGGCUGAUUAUGGGAAUGUCACGCAUGCCAAGGGGAAGGCCUGCAACGCUACUCUCAGCGAAUCUGAAGAAGAGGAGACCCCAGACAAGGAUCAGAAGUUUCUAGCCUUCGUGGCACCUCAUGAAGAAUCUGAGGGGUCGCACUCAUACUAUUCAGAGAGUAGCGAUGAAGACAGGGAAGAAUUGAAAGAGGCAUACAAAGUCCUCUAUGUGAAGUUUUUAAAGCUGAGGGAGACACACCAACAACUUGUGCAGGAACUGAAUAGUUCGCAGACUGAGAACAGUUCCAUACUUCUCAAGAUCCAAGAUUUGGAAGAAAAGUUAUUGGAGACACAGUUGCAGUUGGAGAGAAGCCCAACAGACAAGACAGGACUCGGGUAUGUAGCCUCUACUUCUGAUAUCCUCUCUACUUCCAAGACUGUAUUCGUCAAACCCACAAUCCCCGAGCCUCCACCCGCCUGCGUGGAUAAGGGAAAGACUGUCAUUGGUAGAGAUGUUCCGGCUAUUGCAAAGGCCACUCAGAAGCCUCCUACCAUUAGAGGGCCUCUUAUAUGCCACCACUGUGGAUUAAGUGAUCACAUCCUACCCAAUUGUUCUCUUCUCAAAGCUCAGAGAUCAAAGGUCAAGAAGGAGCUACCAAGAUAA